GUGUAGCAAAACAUCAUCUUUCUCUUUCAGUCUUCAACUUGUGGCACCACUCUAAGGGUUUCUUUUUCUUUUCUUUUCUUUUUUUUCUUUUUUCUUUUUUUUUCUUCCUUCAUUUUUCCUUUCUUGAAAAUCAUCCCUUUGUAUCUCCUGUAUAUUUACAUUAGAUUAAUUUCAUAGAAGAUGAUGCAACAGAGGCUGAAGCAGCAGCAAGCAUUGAUGCAGCAAUCCCUUUAUCAUCCUGCUCUUCUUGCACCCCCACAGAUAGAGCCUAUCUUGAGUGGAAAUUUGCCUCCUGGAUUUGAUUCAAGUACUUGCCGCAGUGUGUACGUUGGAAACAUCCACCCCCAAGUAACGGAACCACUUCUUCAAGAGGUCUUCUCAAGUACUGGCCCCCUUGAGGGAUGCAAGCUCAUUAAAAAAGAGAAGUCGUCGUAUGGUUUUGUCGACUACUUUGAUCGCCGAUCAGCAGCCCUUGCUAUUGUGACUCUUAAUGGAAGAAAUUUGUUUGGACAGCCUAUAAAAGUUAACUGGGCAUAUACUAGUGCUCAGAGAGAGGAUACCUCAAGCCACUUUAACAUUUUUGUGGGUGAUCUCAGUCCAGAGGUUACAGAUGCCACAUUGUAUGCAUGCUUUUCAGUCUACCCUAGCUGCUCAGAUGCAAAGGUUAUGUGGGAUCAAAAAUCAGGCCGUUCAAGGGGAUUUGGAUUUGUUUCCUUCCGUAAUCAGCAGGAGGCGCAAAGUGCAAUAAAUGAGUUGACUGGGAAGUGGUUAGGAAGCAGACAAAUCCGCUGCAACUGGGCAACAAAAGGCGCUGGAGGAAUUGAUGAAAAGCAGAAUUCAGAUGCGAAAAGUGUUGUUGAGUUGACAAGUGGAACAUCAGAUGAUGGUCAUGACAAGGCCAAUGAAGAUGCUCCAGAAAAUAGUCCCCAGUAUACAACUGUUUAUGUUGGCAACCUUUCUCCUGAAGUCACUUUAGUUGACCUCCAUCGUCAUUUUCAUGCUCUUGGAGCUGGCGUUAUUGAAGAUGUCCGUAUUCAACGGGACAAAGGUUUUGGGUUUGUGAGAUACAGUACCAAUGCUGAAGCUGCUCAAGCUAUUCAGUUGGGAAAUGCCCAAUUCUUCUUUGGUAAACCUAUUAAGUGCUCAUGGGGAAGCAAGCCUACUCUGCCAGGAGCAAGUUCUACCCCUCUUCCUCCUCCAGCUGUGGGACACAUUCCUGGUAUUUCAGUGACUGAUAUUGCAGCCUAUGAGCGGCAGCUUGCUUUGGCUAGGAUGGGCGGUUCACAGGCUCUCAUGCAUUCUCAGGCUCUAAUGCAUUCCCAGGGUCAGCGAAUUGGCGUUGCUAGUCAAGCAAUUUACGAUGGUGGUUAUGGUAGUAUUGCUGCUACAACUCAACCACCAAUGUACUACUAGUGCAUAACAACACCUGCUGCUUCUGCUCUCCCGGCUUUGUUUUAUAGGAUGCUUUUUCUCGUUAGUUUUUCGUGUCCGAAGCAUAUGUAUGAAUAUGUAGCUUGUAUUUUGUGUGGCAGCUAGUCCGAUGGCAGUUCACUUGGAUGAGCAGCUUCAGGAGAUGUUAGAAUGUUUCAUGAACUGAAAUGUUUUUAAAGGACUUAUCGCACAGUGAAUCAUUCUGCAUAUAUGCAUUUUUCUCUUUGUUCUUUA